GUUGUUGAUGUUGUGCCAACCGGACAGAUCAAGUCUAAGAGGCUGUCAUCCUACCUAGAGGAAGAUGAAAACAGAAAAAGAAAGGGCGAGAGUUUGUUGAAAGAGGCAAAAAGGAUGCGACUGGCAUCGUUAACUCCAUCAGUGGUAGGAAUAUUUUUCUGCCAAUAUUGAUAUCUUUUUAACUCAAGGUAGAAGGUGAUGGGUUGUUAAUGUGCCUAUUGGUGCGUAGAGAAGGAGAAAAGAAAUUCAUAACGUCAUAGCCUCGUUGAUAGGGCUGGGGAAAAUGAGUGGGAACAAGCAUAAUCUAUUGAGUGAUGGCAUUUUCGACGUUGAACCAUGAUUACUUCUUGAAAAAAACACUUCGUCCAGUGGCAGUUACAAAAAGUAUGAAUUACUGAAUCAUUUUGUCCGCAGUAAGGACAAAGUGCAUUUUCUGCAAUACCAUACGUGAACAGUUCUCUUUUUGUGACGACAAUUCUGUGUAAGAGUUUAAAGUAGAAUUCUCUUAGUUUGUUAUCUCUGCAAAUAUUUUUCACACGGGAGAAAUGAUGCCAUGCAAGUAUUAUUUCAGGCAGGAGGUCGCUUUCGCAUUUCAUGUUAGUGUUUAUUUUAUGUUGAUCUUUACUAAUCAAGAGCCGGUAGUAAUUUCUAUCUUUGCCACCUCCUUUACGCCAUCCUCAAGUGAAUUAAUUUUUGGUCUUAAUAAUGAUAGAAAGAAUCAAAGCUCAUCAGCAGUUGUCAAAGAGCUCGAUUUUACUCUUUUGUUUGCUAAAUAUUACUUGUACAUAAGUAAGUUAGCUCCUAAAGAUUUAUCUUUGGAUGAAUUUAAGGCUAAAAUCAGUUGGAGAUACGAUUUCGAAAAACCCCCUCCUUCAAUUAGUUAGUACCGGUAAGUAUCCAUCUUUCCGGAAUGAUCUGUUAAUUAGCAGGUCUAUCGUUAUUGUGCGUAUUAUUACAACUGCUGUAUUAUUCUUUCUCGUCUUUAUGCAAUUUUGAUCCAAUCUGUAAUAUCGUUAUAUACUUUCUUUUAGUUUUAAAUUUUGCGACUGUAAUAUGUGUUUUGUCAAUAAACGUAAAAUUAUAAAAAAAAAAAAAUGUACUAAGUGAGAUGAUUGGAAUAAAGUGAAACGCACCCGCCAUCAAUGUGGUCUUUACCUAAUCUAUGUUUAUAAUGUAUUUGGUACUUUGAUUAAUGGGAACUUAAUAAGUUAUAGUUAACUGUUUGGUCGCUCAUAAAGAACUACAUGUUAUUAAAGUCAGGUCCUAAGAGUUAUUGUUUUUCAUUUCCUUGUACACUGUAGUUGGAUUCAACUGUGAGGGCAAGGGACGUCUACAUGGCAUGGCAUGAGGCGCUGUUCCCACAGGAAAAUGUUUUGCCCGUGUCAGCAGACAAAUCGCGGGCUUUCUACAAAAGUCUGUCGGACAUGGGCUACUCU